AUGUCAUUUAAUAGAAAAAGCGGUGAAUCUAGUGUUUUCCAGGACUAUGAUCCUGAGGCGGGAGAGAUAAACCGUAAGAGAUCUUUGGUUAGGCCAGAGAGAUCACGUAUCAGCCAUGAUCAUCCUAGAUACCACUAUUCACAAAUUGCGUCGCAGGAGGCGGAUCAUUUAAAAAUCAUGCCUUCAACCACUGGAUUAGAUCCACAAAUUUCUAACCAUGAUCCUCGCGAGAAUGUUGAAUUUUCUCCAUCUUACUCGAACAGAAACUCGACGGGCGAAGAAGGCAUUCCUUUGAUGGACAUAGGAAACAAAAAGGCUUCCCCCAAACGUAAGGGUACAUUAAAUGGCGGCCGAGAGGUGUUUGGUUUAAAUGAUGAGGUAGAACAUUCGCCUCGUAGGAGGGCUACGAAGCGAGCAAAAAACCCAGCAUAUUUAGAAGGAAAGAAACCCAAGCAUGAUAUUUACUUCUGGAAGGUAUACUGCUACCUUAUUACUUUUUGGGCUCCAGCUCCAUUACUUAAAUUAUUUGGAUUACCAACUAAGCUGAGACAGUUCGCAUGGAGAGAAAAAAUCGGAUUGAUUUCGUGCAUUUUAUACAUCGGGACAUUUGUCGCCUACUUAACCUUUGGGUUCACCAAAACCGUUUGCUCAAAUAAGCAAAUCAGAACUAGGAUUAACCAUGUAAAUAGUGGAUAUUUGAUCAUCAAUGGUCGAUCGUUCGACUUGACUUCAUCGAAGCAUCCAAAAGCAGCAGGAAUCACAAGUGGUGCCAAUGUUCUAUACCCACCUAUUAAUGCCGGAGGUAAAGACGCAUCUUUCUUGUUUCAAAAUGUCAAUGGUAAUUGUAAGAAUUUGAUAAAACCAAAGAAGGACUGUUCCAUUCCAGUCAAGGAUGGCGAUGAGUUGGCAUGGUAUAUGCCCUGCCGCCUCUUUGAUCAAGAUGGUUCUAGUAAACCAAAUUUCACAAAGGCGUAUUAUGAGGGAUGGGCCUGUCACACUAGCUCUAUUUCGAGAAAGGCUUAUUAUAAUAUGAAAGUGAAUGGCGAUGUCUAUUUUACUUGGGAUGAUAUUAAAGAUGAAUCUAGAAACUUAGUUGUGUAUUCAGGAAAUGUGCUUGAUUUGAAUUUGAUUGAUUGGAUUCAGUCUGAUGAUCUCACUUACCCUGAUCUAUUUGACAAGCUAAGAGACGAUAACACUUAUAAAGGGCAUGAUAUCUCACUUGUUUUAACCAACAAAGACGAAAGGCAAGCAGCUAGGUGUCUUUCAGAGAUUAUAAAAGUUGGUACCAUCGAUUCAGACACUAUUGGAUGUCUUGCUUCAACUGUUGUAUUGUAUAUCUCUUUGGUCUUCAUUUUGUCUGUUGUUGUUGCUAAAUUUUUGAUGGCAUGUUAUUUUAGAUGGGUUAUUGCUAGAAAGCAAGGUGCCACUGAAAUUGACAACAAAUCUAUGUUUGAGAGAAAUAAAGAAAUUGAAAACUGGGUUGACAAUCCUGCUGCUCAAGGGGAAAUUAAGACGGUUCCUGAGAGGGCUAGGGCGAAUUACAAACCAAACAAAACCAACAGACAAAGUGUGUUUCAUAGAUCCAGCAGAUUGUCUGUGGCCCCUAAUGUUGAUUUAUCAAAAUACUAUGACUACUCAGAUCAUUUGUCGAAGAGCUUCAAGUACACCACUAUGUCUACGCAAGCUGCUAUGCUAGAUAGAAAUAGGAAUAAAAGCAGCAAUAGAGUUGCUAACAGACAGUCAACAUUAUAUUUGAAUGAGUUCAACUCUUCAACAGAUUUCUUAAACAGACCAGCAUCUACAAUUAACCCAUUUGAGACAUUAGAAGAACAAGCAGCUACCGGACUAUCCCCUGAUAUUAUCCAUCCUGACGUUGUUCCUCAACCUCCAGUGGAAUAUCAACCAUUUGGAUACCCGUUGGCUCAUACGAUGAACUUAGUCACUUGUUAUUCGGAAGACGCAGAAGGAUUGCGUACCACCUUAGAUUCCAUCGCAACAACCGGUUUUCCAAAUUCUCACAAGUUGAUAGUCAUUAUUUGUGAUGGUAUAAUCAAGGGGUCUGGUAAUGAUAUGACAACACCAGAUAUUGCCUUAAGCAUGAUGACUGAUUUUUGUAUUCAACCCGAUGACGUGGUGCCUUAUUCUUAUGUUGCUGUUGCACAAGGUAGCAAGCGUCAUAAUAUGGCUAAGGUCUAUUCCGGGUUCUACAAAUAUGACGAUGAAACAGUUCCAGUAGAAAAGCAACAGAGAGUACCAAUUUUAACAAUUGUGAAAUGUGGAACACCAGCAGAAGCCAGUGCAGCAAAACCUGGUAAUAGAGGUAAACGUGAUUCUCAGAUUAUUUUAAUGUCCUUUUUGCAAAAAGUCAUGUUUGACGAAAGAAUGACUCAAUUGGAAUUCGAAAUGUUGGUCAAUAUUUGGAGAGUUACGGGCUUGAUGGCAGAAUUUUAUGAGAUCGUUUUAAUGGUGGAUGCAGAUACCAAGGUUUACCCUGAUUCCUUAAACCACAUGGUUGCUGAAAUGGUCAAGGAUCCGAUGAUUAUGGGACUAUGCGGUGAAACAAAAAUUUCAAACAAGGCUCAAACAUGGGUUACAGCAAUUCAAGUAUUUGAAUAUUACAUUUCUCAUCACCAAGCGAAGGCUUUCGAAUCAGUUUUUGGUGGUGUUACUUGUUUACCAGGAUGUUUCUGUAUGUAUAGGGUGAAGGCUCCAAAGGGCUCUGAUGGGUACUGGGUUCCUAUCCUAGCAAAUCCAGAUAUCGUUGAGCGUUAUUCAGAUAAUGUUACUGAUACUUUGCAUAAAAAGAAUUUGUUACUUCUUGGUGAAGAUCGUUACUUAUCAUCCUUAAUGUUGAGAACUUUUCCUAGGAGGAAACAGAUUUUUGUACCCAAGGCUGCUUGUAAAACAAUUGUACCGGAUACCUUCAAGGUCUUGUUAUCACAGCGUAGACGUUGGAUCAAUUCAACUGUCCACAAUUUGUUGGAAUUGGUAUUAGUGAAAGAUUUGUGUGGUACAUUUUGUUUUUCUAUGCAGUUUGUUAUAUUCAUUGAAUUAGUUGGAACACUCGUGUUACCGGCAGCAAUUUGUUUCACGAUUUAUGUUAUCAUUGUUGCCAUCGUUUCCAAACCAACGCCAAUUUUGUCAUUAGUCUUGUUGGCAGUCAUUUUUGGGUUGCCUGGUUUCUUAAUUGUAAUCACGGUUUCUUCAUGGUCUUACGUGGUCUAUUUCUUUAUUUAUAUUGUUGCAUUACCAAUUUGGAAUUUCGUGCUACCAAGUUACGCUUACUGGAAGUUCGAUGACUUUAGUUGGGGUGACACUAGACAGGUUGCAGGAGGUGAUAAAGGUGAUCAUAGCACAUCAGCAGGUGAAUUUGAUUCGUCCAAUAUAACUAUGAAACGUUGGAGAGAAUACGAGAGGGAUCGUAAAAAUCAGGAUUCUGGUUUGGAGGUUCCUGGUGCAAUUUGGGAUCCAUCGAUGGAAAAGACAAUAAGUGACGGAUAUUCGGAUGAGUCUAAUACAUCUCCAUAG